AUGGCUAGCAUCACAUCCACCGCCUUCAAGCAGGCAGGUCGCCUCUGCCGACACACAACCGGGCCUGGGAUCACCUCGCGAGGCAUUUCCUCAUUAUCAAGGGUGACGACAGCCCCUGCGCAGAGGGUAUCUCAGCAACGCAGAUAUGUUUCCGAGACGAAGCGUGAUAAUGCUCAAGUCAAUGUUGAGACCGCCAUCAAACUUGACAAGAAGGACUUCAUCGACGUCGUCCCUCAAUCGCCCGAUGCGCCAAAUGUCAUGGUUAGCCCCAUGGCUGAAGUGCUGAAGCAAGUCACGACGAUGGAGGAGGGCCAGCGACCCAUCUAUCUCGACAUGCAAGCCACGACUCCUGUCGACCCCCGCGUCCUCGACGCCAUGCUACCAUUCUACACUGGUAUUUUUGGAAACCCGCACUCGAGAACACACGCCUAUGGCUGGGAGAGUGAAGAGGCCGUUGAGAAAGCACGAGAGCAUAUUGCGAAGCUUAUCGGUGCUGACUCCAAAGAAAUUAUCUUCACCAGCGGCGCCACCGAGAGCAACAACAUGAGCAUUAAGGGUGUUGCGAGGUUCUUUGGCAGAUCAGGCAAGAAGAGGCAUAUCGUCACGUCGCAGACUGAGCACAAGUGCGUUCUCGACAGCUGCAGACAUCUUCAGGACGAAGGCUUUGAGGUCACAUACCUUCCUGUCAAGAACUCUGGUUUGAUCGACAUGGACGAACUGGCUGCCGCCAUCCGCCCGGAUACCGCUCUCGUCAGCAUCAUGUCCGUCAACAACGAAAUCGGCGUCAUCCAGCCCCUGGAGCAGAUCGGCAAACUCUGCCGAGAGAAGAAAACUUUCUUUCACACCGACGCAGCGCAAGCCGUCGGCAAGAUACCAAUGGACGUAAACGCUAUGAACAUUGACUUGAUGUCUAUCUCGUCCCACAAGAUUUACGGUCCCAAGGGCAUCGGAGCUUGCUACGUCCGCCGCCGGCCUAGAGUUAGGCUCGACCCUAUCAUUAGUGGAGGUGGACAGGAGAGAGGGCUGCGCAGUGGUACUCUCGCCCCGCCACUGGUUGCUGGCUUCGGUGAGGCGUGCCGCAUCGCGUAUGAGGAGAUGGAGUACGACUCGAAGCGCAUCAAGGCGCUGUCUGACCGCCUCCUCAACGGUCUCCUCUCCCUGGAACACACAACUCAGAAUGGUGAUCCCGAGCAUUUUUACCCUGGUUGUGUCAACGUUUCGUUCGCCUACGUUGAGGGCGAGUCCUUACUCAUGGCUUUGAAGGACAUUGCCUUGUCUUCCGGCAGUGCUUGCACUUCUGCCUCGUUAGAGCCCAGCUACGUCUUGCGUGCUUUGGGCAACAGCGACGAGAGCGCCCACAGCAGUAUCAGAUUCGGUAUUGGGCGUUUCACGACCGAGCAGGAGAUUGACUACGUGCUCAAGGCCGUCAAGGAGAGGGUUGACUUCCUACGUGAACUGAGUCCGCUCUGGGAAUUGGUUCAGGAAGGUGUUGACCUCAACACAAUCCAGUGGAGCCAGCAUUAA